GAGUCAGUUGCCUGGGGUCUCGCCGCUUUGGCUAACACUGGGAAUUGCUAUGAAUUUUGCGGCACAGUUUCUCUACUCCAAGGUUUUAAAGAACAGAACUCCCAGGGAAUGCUCCAGGGAAGAGGAAGACUAUGAUCCUUUCUGGCAAAGGUUGGAGAAUAUUGCUGUGUGACUUAGAACUAGAUUGCUCCUUUCUCCUCCUUACGAGUGAUGGACAGUUCCAGGGCUGUACCUGGCGCUGGAGCUGCGGGCAUCACUUCCCCUGGAUCCCUUCUGCCUUCUUAUGGUGCUAUAGUUGGAGUUCUGCUUCACCUCUUUGUGUAUUUUGUUGCUCUGCUUUAUAGGAGUGACCGGAAAGUGAAAAAACAAGAUGCUCCAACACCUUGUGAACGUCAUUGCUGUAAGGAGGGGCCGAUUAGAAAUGGCCAUGUUGGGCAGCGGCCACCAUCCAUCAACCCCGAGAGACUGAAAGAUUUUGGGGAGGAGGACUACCUGAAUGGGGACGUGAAGACUUGGGAAAUGAAGAUAGUGAGCCGUAAUGAGGAAUUGCUCAGAGAUGCCCUUGACCCAGUCACUCAGCCAAACAGUAGAAGCAGCCAGCCAACCUAUAACAAGCUGAUUCGAUUUGAAGAUAUUAGUGCUGCAGCUUUCAAAAUCCAGAGUGGUGUCCAGAAAACCCCCUGCAUGUAUUCUAGACUUUCAAAGCAAUAUGGAAUGGAUAUCUAUCUAAAGAAAGAGUUCCUUCAGUACACAGGAUCUGUAAAGGAGCGAGGUGUGCUUUACCUGCUAACAUCUCUACAGCAGGAGCAGCAGAAAAAGGGUGUGAUAGUGGCUUCUGACAGUAACUUUUCCAUGGCAGUAGCAUACCAUGCCUCAGAACUCCGCAUUCCAGUAUUUGUCAUCAUGUCUACCAGCACUUCGCCAGCCAGAGUGAAAAUGUGCCGUGAGUAUGGUGCCAUGGUGAUCUCCUAUGGCACUACAGCCAAGGAUUCCCAGAUCCAUGCAAGGAGGCUGGCCCAAGAGAAUGGCUAUCUAUACCUCGAAGAGGAGGACAGUGCUAUAUACCUGUCAGGACUGGGUACCAUGGGAUUGGAGAUAUAUGAACAAGUGCCAAAGCUGGAUGCAGUGAUUUUUCCAGCAGGAGGCCACUGUGGAUUGCUAGCAGGAUCAGCUGCUGCCCUCAAACAUCUCAACCCACACAUUGCUGUGAUUGGUGUUGAAUCGGAGAGUUUCCCUGUUUUACAACAAUCAUUAAAGAUAGGCCAUCCUAUUGAAGACCAGGCCUGUAGCAACCAUCAGUUUUAUGGAGAUGUGAGUGGACCUUGCUUUGGUACCAAUUCUUUGCAGUUGACUGGGAAGCUUGUAGACAAGGUUGUUACCGUGAGGGAAGAGGACAUUCUAAUUUCCAUGCUGCGGUUGCUGGAGUAUGAGAGAGCCACGGUGGAUGCAGAAGGGGCUAUUGGACUUGCAGCCUUAGUUGCUGGGAAGCUGCCAGAGUUAAAGAGUAAAAGAGUGGCAAUCACUAUAUGCAGUGGUAACUUGGAGCUACCUUUGAUGAGACAGUGCAUAGAUCGUGCCCUGACCCUUGACAACAGAGUCUGCAAAUUUUCCCUCCUUCUCUCGGAUUGCCCAGGAAAUAUUUCAAAGCUACUGGAGAUACUGACUCGGGAGGAAGUGAGGGUGUUGGACAUCAAACAAGAACACAUGUUUGUGAUAUCUGAUCUCUUUACUAUUAAGGUCACCUGCAUUAUAGAGACUAGAGACAAAAUCCACACGGCGCAACUCAGAAAUGCUCUCCUGGAACGCUACCCAACAAUGAUGUGGACGGAACGGUGAUGAGCAAAGCACAAUGGAAAAUGCUGAGGUUCUUUAACCAACACAUUAUGGAAAGCUAAACUUGAGACACUAAUAACAAAAUAUGCAUAAAUCUUUCCAAACUGAACAGUUAGCAAAUAGCUACAGAAUCAAUUGAUUUAUUUAUUUGCUCACAAUAAAGUGACGGUCCUUUUGAAAUCAAGUAAAAUUUGAAGCAUUAGAUUAGCUCAGGAAAGCUUGAUAGCCUCUGCUUGUGUUGGAAUUCAUUACUAAGUUAUCAAGUGGCUGUUUGGAUUUUGACUGGUAUGUAGAAUCCUGUGGUGUUCAAUAAGUAAAUAGCAAGAGGACAUUUUUCUUUAGUUCAUAAUGCAGCUCUCUCAUCACUCUUCAGAUUUUGAUGCCCACUGCUUUAGUAAGUAAUGCACCCUCUUUCUGCUGGCUUUUCACGUGUUACUACUAUGCUCAUUUUAUGUUUUCCAAGCCAGAGGCAGCGCUUCAUCUACUGAGUCUGCCUUGGCAGUUGUACAGGUGAAUUUAUGUCUGCAUAAAAUACCUUCACUUUCAUGGGCAGGGGGAGGAAGGGGGAAGGCUAAUGACACACAUUAAAGAGACUUUGUUGAAAGGGAAAACAACAGUUUGCAUUUUUCCUAGGGGAAGAUGAUCAUGUUUAUAUGGAUGUGGCUCCUAAAAAUGUUGUGAUUAUAAAAGGCUGCUUUAAUGUGAUUAGACCAGUGAUUAAUGUGCAUCAAAUGGGAACAAAGGGUUUCUUUGAUCCUAUGGGAAUUUACCACAACAAACAAUAUAUAAAAUGUUUAUUUCACCUUACUAAGGAGAGUAUAUUCCCCCUCCAUAACCUCUGCACUUGAAUUUUGUGCUUAGAAGUCAAAUGAUCAUCUUAAUCUGCUCAAAACAGAAUCUAUCCAGCUCACGUGACAGAUUAAGUAUAACAUUAAGAGUUAUUAACUAGCUCUCUUAUAUAUAAGCAAAGGCUGCUCCAGGAGAAGAGGAAGCAUAAGUCUUAAGCAAAUCACUAAUGCAAUUAAGAAGGAACACAUUGAACUGAAUGAACCUGAUUACCAAUUGUUACAUAACCAUCACCAGAGAGCUAUUAAUAAAUUAGCACCAUGAGAUGAAGAGAGACUUUAGUUAGAGAAAGCUGGAGUCUAUUACUGAGCCUAGGUAUUCCAGUUGCCUCUGUAGUUGGAUGAGUUUCAAGUCAAGCUGACCUAUAAUGGCUUCAACCAAAAUCAUUCCAUUGGUUAAAAUUAAAUAGAAUUACCCCAAUAUUCCAAUGGGGGCAUAUUUGCCUCCAGCUGCUCCAGUUAGGGCUUAAAUAGGUUAAAUGGACAUUUUGUGUUUAUGUGCAGUAUUAGGGCCUAAUCCAAAGCCCCCUGAAGUCACUGGGCAUUGCCCCCUAUUUAGAUGCCCAGGACUUAUACACUAUAAGUCCAAUUUUGUUUGUAGGGGCUGAAGAAGAAGGGAGUAAUAGAAGCCCUGUAAUGACCGUAUACAUUUCUAUAUUACAAUUAAAAUAUGGAUCGCCUGACCUGAAAUUUUUAUCCCCCUCUAGUUGUUUGAAGAGCACUGUGCUUGCCCAUACACUUACCUCUCACACUGUUAUGGGUGUAAAAUUCUGUGCUGUGUCUCUAAGAGGCGCAGCACAGAACUCACAACUUGGGGGGAGAAGGCUCUGGUGACUUACCGCUACCUCUGCCCCCUCAUGAUUGUGGGCUAGUCUGUGAGCUGGAAACUGACAGCAUAAUUGACAGCUUUGGGACCUGUGUAAGUUACAGCAGCCUAAUCAGGGAUGCCCUAUGGACUACUGUACUGCCCUGCCCUCCAGCCCUGCCCCGCUGUAAGUGCUCUAUUCUAGGGCUGGUGAGGUGGUCCUUGGAGAGCGGACGUAGAGCUGUUUUUGCAGUGUCUGUGCUGGGGAAUAUAGGACUUUUAGGGCUCCUUUAUGUUUCUUUGGCUCUUUUAUCCAGUCUAAAAGAGUGGGACUAGGUGUGAGGAUCUCACCCCUGGAGUUUGACAUGAAAGUUCAGUGUUUUGUUAUUUUUCUAGAACCAUAUUUAUUUGCACAUGAAAACUAAAAAUUACUGACAUACCCCAGAGUGUUCCUGUCUUUUUGCUGGCUGUAGAAAUACAUACAUGGCAACAGAGUGCUUACACACUUUCAUCAUCCUGUAAAUCACAAACUAUCAACUACAGCUCCAUAUUCCCUGGUCACAAGACUUCAAACCAUUUAAAGAGAAAGCCAUUAAGCCUGUUUCUGUCCUUGGAGAUGCCCCCAUAUGACUUCCCUUGGAAGCUGAAGAGUUUGUGCACAUCUAGAAUUUGGCUCAUGGGAUGUAAAACAUAAAUAAGAGCCUAACUUCACCUCAACGAGUCUGGCAAAAGUCCUCUCGAUUUCAGUGGAAGUUGCAUGUAUAUAUCUGAGCAGAGAAUUUGACCCUACAACCAAAAUUUUCAGUAGCAACCACUGAUUCUGUGUGUCUGAAUGCUUGGAUGGCCAACCUGAGACACCAUGGGCCUGAUUUUCAGGGGUGCUGAGCACCCAUAACUCCAGUGGAAGUCAAUAGGCAUUACAGACGCUCAGCCUUCCAGAAGAAGGCUGCAAGUAAAAUAAAAUUGUCUAAGUGUUGUCUGCAAGUGUCUACAAGUUAUUGAAUGUAAGUCACACAUAACAUUGGUGUGGUUUUAUCUUGUUGUAUUGGCUAUGAAUAAUUAACAUGUUUCUCAUAGUUCUUCUAUCCUGGUAGUUUUCCUUAUCUGUUAAUGAAAUGAUUACCAGAGUUGAUUUCCAUGCUACUACAGUGCUUUUUCACUGCAAGUCAGUUGGCUUUUAAAGCUAAGAUGAAAUAUGUACAUAGGUAAAAGUCAUUCUGAAUACUUAAAUCAAUGUACGUAACAGGAGAGGAUAAUAAACUGUCUGGGCAACCAGUUGUUUUUUGUAUUCUGAAAUACAAUGGGAUUGUCAAGGCAAAUGUCUAACACAUUAAAUUCUCAUUUAAAGGAGUA